UUCCUUCUCUUUGAAUCAGCCCUCAUCCGCCUUCUCUAUUGUUGCUCUUUUUUAACUCAGGACAUUAAAGAAAAGAGAUGCAGCACGACGAGGUGAUAUGGCAAGUAAUAAGACACAAACACUGCAGUUUCAUGUCCAAAAUCUCUACUGGUAUAUUCUGUAGAAACCCUUAUAACGUAACUGGGAUCUGCAAUCGUAGUUCCUGCCCUCUUGCAAAUAGUCGCUAUGCCACUAUCCGUGACCAUGAUGGGGUCUUUUAUUUAUAUAUGAAGACUAUAGAAAGAGCUCAUAAACCCAAUGAUUUAUGGGAAAGAGUGAAAUUACCCAGAAAUUAUGAGAAGGCACUUGAAAUUAUUGACAAGCAUCUGAUGUACUGGCCUAAGCUCCUUGUUCACAAAAUAAAGCAGCGUCUCACAAAAAUGACCCAGAUGCGUAUCCGCAUGAGGAAACUUGCCUUGAAAACAAGGGAGAAGAUCAUGACUACACCCAGAAAGGAGAAGAAGAGAGAGGAUAGAAGGGAGGAAAAGGCUGAAAAGGCUGCAGUUCUGGAUAAGGCAAUUGAGAAAGAGUUGCUUGCAAGGCUUGAAAAUGGAAUUUAUGAUGGCAUAUACAACCUCCCCUUCAAUAAAUUCCUCCAAACUCUUGACACAGAUGAACUGCAGGCUGAGGAUGAAAAUGAAGAGGAAUCUGAAGUUGAAUACGUUGAGGGCAACUUUGAACUUGAAGAGGAAGAUGACAUAGAAGAUUUGGGUAUGAAGGAUUAUCACAUUGGUGAUGAUGAGUUAGCUAAUGAUGAUGAUGAUGAAGAAGAAAAUGCAAUUGAAGAAAAGAGAGUGAGAAGUAAGCCUAAGUCUGCCCAUGAUAAGUCCGAGAAAGAUGAGUUUGGUAAAAAGUUGAAAAAGAAACCAAGGAUCCAUGUUGAGGUUGAACAUGACGAGGGUGGUGAAAGGCAGAAAGUAAGCUUCUGAGUCGCAAGAUCGAUGGUAUCAUUCAACAAGUAGCAUGAAGGGUAGAUUACUGUAACAACCCCCCGCCCAUAAACCUCUAAUACCAACUUCGGUUAAAAGAACACUUAGGAUAGAAGAAUGAAGAAGUGGAGAAGAGUUUUUCAUUGUUUUUUUUUGGGGUUUUAAAAAUUUUGUUGACCUUAUUGGAGUACUGUUUGUUUGUUUAAUGCAAAGGGAUGUGGAAUUUAUUAAUUACGCAGAGAGAUUGUUAAUUGCUUGCAAUGCAGCUUUGCUUUUUAUACUA